GCUCAUCGCAACCUCCAACCCCCGGGUUCAAGCGAUUCUCCUGCCUCAGCUUCCCCAGUAGUUGGGAUUACAUGCAUGAGACACCAUGCCUGGCUAAUUUUCUUUAUUUGGUAGAGAGGGUUUCUCCCGUGUUGGUCAGGCUGGUCUUGAACUCCCAGCCUCAGGUGAUCUGCCUGCCUUGGCCUUCCAAAGUGCUGGGAUUACAGGUGUGAUGUGAGCCACUGUGCCCAGCCUCAUGUUUAUUUUAAUAAAGGAACAUUGUCUUGCCUCAAAUCAACAUUUAAUGGACAAAAAAAGAGAAGGUCACCAGUAUGCAGGUAGCACCCUGGAAACCUAAAUGUUAGUCUGUAUGGACAUUUAUCUAGAAGAAUAAAAGGAGCAGUGGUAACUGACAAUCUUCAACAGGUAUUUUUAAAUCUUAUUUAGUGUUUGAAUGAUCCCAGUGGACUGGAAUGUGGUUAAUAUGAAGCAAUUUAACUGAUAAUGCAGACACACAGCAGGAAACUAUGUGGCAGUUUAAUAUUGCUUGUGGUGACAUCCUAGAAAUUGCUUCCAGGCACCAAGUGCAGGAAGUGGGCUGUAAGUAAUCGAAGGAAGUUUUCUAAGUGAGUUUGAAGAAACGUGACAUUUAUGGACUCAGAGAAAAGCAUACUCUAAGACUUGAGGCAUAGGAACAGGGCAGGGCAGCUAAUUUGGCCUUGUGGUGGUGAUUAUUCUACAUUAGCCUGUAUACCUGUCCUCUGUCCCUGUCAAACUGUGACCUCUGUGAGGUUAGUGACCAAGAAAUUUAUCCAUUUAUUCAUCCAUUUACCUACUGUAGAACUAAGAAGAUUAAGCACAUAUUAAACAAUAAAUGUUAGUCAUUAUUAUCAUAAUUAGUGGCAAUACUGUGCCUGGCAGUGUGCUAAGUACUGGGGACACAAAGAUGAACAAAUAUUUUUCUUUAAGGCUUUCUAAAGUAGUGGACACAAAUGUAAAACAAAAACAAUCCCUUCCAGACUCCCUCCCCACCAAAACAAAACAAAACAACAAAAAAAAAAAACAGAAGUAUAAUACAGUAUAAGUUAAUUGCAGUGGUGGAGAUACCGCUGGUGACGAAUAGGUGAGUAAGUGAAGAGAGACUGUCUUCUGGGGAGGAGGGAGGGUCAGGAAAGGAAGCCUUCACCAAGGGGAUCAUGUUUCAGCUGAGAGAUAGGUAGGGGUGGUUAGCAGAGGGAGUAGAGGCAGUAGUGAUGGUGGUGGUAUCAGCAGAGGGAGCAGUACAUAUGAGGAUGUGGCAUAUUAGGGAAAUAAAAAUAUUACCAUUUAUUAGACACUUAAAUGCCAGGAAUUGUGUUAGACAUUGGGAAUUACAAUGGUGAAUAAUACAGAUUCACUCCUCACGGUGCAUACAGUCUUGUGGACCUGACAUUAAAAAAACCAGGUAAAUUCACAUAAAGCUAUAUGGAUGUUCUAUAAAGGAAGCACAUGAGAUGCUUCAGAGAAAACGAUGGGAGCGACUGUCCUAUUUUAGAUAGAGUGGCGAGGGAAGGCCUCACCGUGGAGAUGACAUUUGAGCUGAGACUUAAAGGAUGAGGAGGUAUUAGUCAUCUAAAGAGACUAGGCAAGACUUUUUAUUCCAGGCCUUGAGGCAAGAAAACCUUAGGCAUAUUUCGGGAACAGACAGAAGGCCGGUGGGUUUGAGUAGUGACUGAUGGCAGAGAGGCUUGUGGUGAGGUCAGAGGGAGAGACCCUGGGCAGGGCCUUGUAGGUUGUGGUAAUCUGAAAACUGUUUAAGAUACGAAAUUUUGUAGUAUGUAAAUCUUAUAAGAUUACAACAUAAGAUUCACAUACUAUAAUAUUUACUUUUUUUUUUUUUUUUUUUUUGAGACAGUUUCACUCUGUCCCCCAGGCUGGAGUGCAGUGGUGUGAUCUUGGCUCACUGCUACCUCCGCCUCCUGGGUUCAGGUGAUUCUUAUGCCUCAGGCUCCCAAGUAGCUGGGACUGCAGGUGCCUGCCACCAUGCCUGACUAGUUUUUGUAUUUUUAGUUUCACCAUGUUGGCCAGGCUAUUCUCAAACUCCUGAUGAUCCGACUGCCUUGGCCUCCCAAAGUGCUGGGAUUACAGGCAUGAGCCACUGUGCCCAGCCCUAAAAUUUACUUUUUUAAGUGGUUUUAAGUAUAUUCACAAGGGUGAUUGAUUACCACUAAUUCCAGAACUUUUUCAUCACCCCAGAAAGAAACCCCAUGCCUGUUAGACACUCCUCAUUCCCCCAAACCCUUCAGUCCUAGGCAAUCACUAAUCUACUUGCUAUAGAUUUGCCUAUUAUGGGCAUUUCAUAUAUUAAUAAAUAGAAUCAUAUGUAACCCUUCCUGCGUGGCUUCUUUCACUUAAUGAUUUCAAGAUUUAUCCAUGUUGGAGCAUGCAUGAGUGUUUCAUUACUUUUUACUGCUGAAUAAUAUUCCAUUGUAUGGACAUACAACAUUUUACUCAUCCAUUUGUCAGUUGUUAGGUAUUUGGGUUGUUUCCCCUUUUCAUCAUUAUGAAUGAUGUUGCUAUGAACAUUUUGUGUGGACAUACGUUUUUAUUUCUCUUGGGUAUAUACUUAGGAGUGGAGUUGCUGGAUCUUUUGGUAACUCUAUGUAACAUUUUGAGAAACUGUUAAAAUUGUUUCCUAAAGCAGCUGUACCACUUUGUGUAAAGUGGUAUUUUAUUGUGGUUUUGAUUUGGCCCAAAUGAGUUACAUAGAAAAGAUCAGAGUAGACGGAGAUAGGUUUCUAGGAAGAGGUUGGAACUUGAACUGAAAGAAAGGGGAGAUUUGGAGAAUGGAGGGGGAUUACCAAAGGAAGACAAGUGGAAGUUAUAUGACUUGAAAGUGAGGAUAAACCGAUCUCGUUUCAAGAAUAGAGGAGCAGUCUUGGCUUAUGAUAGCUCUGCUCCAGUUUGUUUUGACUGUUCUUUAAAGGAUCCCAUUGCCAAAAUACACAAAAAAGUUGCUUUUUCUUGAGGCCUGUUGUAUAGCACAACUAACUUAUCUCUCUGCUUUGUGAUGAGACCAAGAAUUGGAAUGUGACUUCCUUCCAGGCCUUCGUGCUCUAAUGCCUAUUCCCCUCUUCCCUUUCUCCGCCACAGUGCUGUCCUCCCAGUCCCCAAAGGAGAAUGUAGAAAGACUUGGAGUGGUGCAAUAAAAGUCUCUUUGAAGACCAAGCUCUCCAUCAUUAGUGCUCAGAGUCAGCCACUUGAAUUUUCAUGACUUUUCUGGAAAACAUGUUGGUGCUACUCCAUCACUCUUCUCUUAGCCAUUGUAGUCAACUUAGAGGGGACUGUACAGCAGAUAGGAAGGUUGAAACAGAAGGUAAGACCUGGAGUAUUGCUCUAGGAAAGUAUGUUUGCAUUCAGUUAUUAAAUCUGUGUAAGUUCCUGGCUGGAGUUCCGGUUGCAGUUGCAAAGGUCCAGCCUUUUUCCUGGCCCUAGGGAGAACUAAUCUCUGGGUUUGUAACAUCCUUUUUGCUUAAAGGGGCUUUGUGGGGACAUGGAAAGAUAAACAAGGAAGAAAAAUAAACAAAAUGAAGUUGUUUUGUUCUCUACUUUUAGUGGAAUCCGUACCCAUUCUUUCCGAGUAUUCAGGACUUGAAAAGGAGCCAAAUAAAGCAGAAUCCAGAGACCACAUUUGAAGUAUAUGUUGAAGUGGCCUAUCCCAGGACAGGUGGCACUCUUUCAGAUCCUGAGGUGCAGAGGCAAUUCCCGGAGGACUACAGUGACCAGCCUCACAGUUAGCCAAGUUGGCCAGAACUUCACGUUCGUGCUCACUGACAUUGACAGCAAACAGAGAUUCGGGUUCUGCCGCUUAUCUUCAGGAGCGAAGAGCUGCUUCUGUAUCUUAAGCUAUCUCCCCUGGUUCGAGGUAUUUUAUAAGCUGCUUAACAUCCUGGCAGAUUACACGACAAAAAGACAGGAAAAUCAGUGGAAUGAGCUUCUUGAAACUCUGCACAAACUUCCCAUCCCUGACCCAGGAGUGUCUGUCCAUCUCAGCGUGCAUUCUUAUUUUACUGUGCCUGAUACCAGAGAACUUCCCAGCAUACCUGAGAAUAGAAAUCUGACAGAAUAUUUUGUGGCUGUGGAUGUUAACAACAUGUUGCAUCUGUACGCCAGUAUGCUGUACGAACGCCGGAUACUCAUCAUUUGCAGCAAACUCAGCACUCUGACUGCCUGCAUCCACGGGUCUGCGGCGAUGCUCUACCCCAUGUACUGGCAGCACGUGUACAUCCCCGUGCUGCCGCCGCAUCUGCUGGACUACUGCUGUGCUCCCAUGCCCUACCUCAUAGGAAUCCAUUUAAGUUUAAUGGAGAAAGUCAGAAACAUGGCCCUGGAUGAUGUCGUGAUCCUGAAUGUGGACACCAACACCCUGGAAACCCCCUUCGAUGACCUCCAGAGCCUCCCAAACGACGUGAUCUCUUCCCUGAAGAACAGGCUGAAAAAGGUCUCCACAACCACUGGGGAUGGUGUGGCCAGAGCGUUCCUCAAGGCCCAGGCCGCUUUCUUCGGUAGCUACCGAAACGCUCUGAAAAUCGAGCCGGAGGAGCCGAUCACUUUCUGUGAGGAAGCCUUCGUGUCCCACUACCGCUCCGGAGCCAUGAGGCAGUUCCUGCAGAACGCCACACAGCUGCAGCUCUUCAAGCAGUUUAUUGAUGGUCGAUUAGAUCUUCUCAAUUCCGGCGAAGGUUUCAGUGAUGUUUUUGAAGAGGAAAUCAACAUGGGCGAGUACGCUGGCAGUGACAAACUGUACCAUCAGUGGCUCUCCACUGUCCGGAAAGGAAGUGGAGCAAUUCUGAAUACUGUAAAGACCAAAGCAAAUCCGGCCAUGAAGACUGUCUACAAGUUCGCAAAAGAUCAUGCAAAAAUGGGAAUAAAAGAGGUGAAAAACCGCUUGAAGCAAAAGGACAUUGCCGAGAAUGGCUGCGCCCCCACCCCAGAAGAGCAGCUGCCAAAGACUGCACCAUCCCCACUGGUGGAGGCCAAGGACCCCAAGCUCCGAGAAGACCGGCGGCCAAUCACAGUCCACUUUGGACAGGUGCGCCCACCUCGUCCACAUGUUGUUAAGAGACCAAAGAGCAACAUCGCAGUGGAAGGCCGGAGGACGUCUGUGCCGAGCCCUGAGCACCUGGUAAAGCCCUUGCGACACUAUGCGGUCUUCCUCUCCGAAGACUCCUCUGAUGAUGAAUGCCAGCGGGAAGAGGGCCCGAGCUCUGGCUUCACCGAGAGCUUUUUCUUCUCCGCUCCCUUUGAAUGGCCGCAGCCGUAUCGGACACUCAGGGAGUCAGACAGCGCGGAAGGCGACGAGGCAGAGAGUCCAGAGCAGCAAGUGCGGAAGCCCACAGGCCCUGUCCCAGCUCCCCCUGACCGGGCUGCCAGCAUCGACCUUCUGGAGGACGUCUUCAGCAACCUGGACAUGGAGGCCACACUGCAGCCACUGGGCCAGGCCAAGAGCUUGGAGGACCUUCGUGCCCCCAAAGACCUGAGGGAGCAGCCAGGGACCUUUGACUAUCAGAGGCUGGACCUGGGCGGGAGUGAGAGGAGCCGCGGGGUGACAGUGGCCUUGAAGCUUACCCACCCGUACAACAAGCUCUGGAGCCUGGGCCAGGACGACAUGGCCAUCCCCAGCAAGCCCCCAGCUGCCUCCCCUGAGAAGCCCUCGACCCUGCUCGGGAACUCCCUGGCCCUGCCUCGAAGGCCCCAGAACCGGGACAGCAUCCUGAACCCCAGUGACAAGGAGGAGGUGCCCACCCCUACUCUGGGCAGCAUCACCAUCCCCCGGCCCCAAGGCAGGAAGACCCCAGAGCUGGGCAUCGUGCCUCCACCUCCCAUUCCCCGCCCGGCCAAGCUCCAGGCUGCCGGCACCGCACUUGGUGACUUCUCAGAGCGGCUGCAGACGGAUCGGGACAGGCGAGCUGCCCUGAGUCCAGGGCUCCUGCCUGGUGUUGUCCCCCAAGGCCCCACGGAACUGCUCCAGCCGCUCAGCCCUGGCCCCGGGGCUGCAGGCACGAGCAGUGAUGCCCUGCUCGCCCUCCUGGACCCGCUCAGCACAGCCUGGUCAGGCAGCACCCUCCCGCCACGCCCCGCCACCCCGAAUGUAGCCACCCCAUUCACCCCCCAAUUCAGCUUCCCCCCUGCGGGGACACCCACCCCAUUCCCACAGCCACCACUCAACCCCUUUGUCCCAUCCAUGCCAGCAGCCCCACCCACCCUGCCCCUGGUCUCCACACCAGCCGGGCCUUUCGGGGCCCCUCCAGCUCCCCUGGGGCCGGCUUUUGCGUCCGGCCUCCUGCUGUCCAGUGCUGGCUUCUGUGCCCCUCACAGGUCUCAGCCCAACCUCUCUGCCCUCUCCAUGCCCAACCUCUUUGGCCAGAUGCCCAUGGGCACCCACACGAGCCCCCUACAGCCGCUGGGUCCCCCAGCAGUUGUCCCGUCGAGGAUCCGAACGUUGCCCCUGGCCCGCUCAAGUGCCAGGGCUGCUGAGACCAAGCAGGGGCUGGCCCUGAGGCCUGGAGACCCCCCGCUUCUGCCUCCCAGGCCCCCUCAAGGCCUGGAGCCAACACUGCAGCCCUCUGCUCCUCAACAGGCCAGAGACCCCUUUGAGGAUUUGUUACAGAAAACCAAGCAAGACGUGAGCCCGAGUCCGGCCCCGGCCCCAGACUCGGUGGAGCAGCUCAGGAAGCAGUGGGAGACCUUCGAGUGAGCCGGGCCCUGCGGGUGGGGGAUGCACCGAGGCCCGAGGGUCCGUCCACUGCUGCGGUUCCGAGGCUCCCCUGCCACUCACUCUCUGCCCAGGUUCUGCUGGUGGGAAGGGAAGGGAUGGGACCCCUCUCUGCUGCCCCCUCCUCCCCUCCACACUGCCCAUCUCUGAGGUCUGGCCCUGGGUAAUGGCACCAGUUCCCGCCUGGGAAUCAACCCAGUUCCUGAGUGCCCAUCCCACCCCGCGGUUGCCCCUCCUCGGCACCCUUGAUUGAUUGGGUUUUGCACUGAAGAGGUCAGCUGGGCCAAUGACAUUGCUCCAGACCGAGUCCUACCCACCUUCCCCCUGGAAGUGUCCCGAGAGGCUCCGAAGGCCUCCCCUCCGAGCCCAGCUCUCCUGUCUCCUCCACAGCCAGGCCCUGCACGCCCACCUCCUCGGACACAGGUGACAGGGUUACCCUCCAGUUUGAGCUCAUCUGCACGAGACACAGGUGGCUUGGGGUUGAAGUUAGGACUCCUCCUGGGCUGGAGGAUUUACCUGGUGGGGCACUUCCAGACUGUUUCUAGCAAUAUACACACACGUUCUUUCCUGUGUCUUCACCCCAAAACUUCAGUUGAUUCUGACCUGGGAGGAUCUGGGGACCAGGGGGUCUUGGGCUGCCUUGUGAUACACAGCCCCAGCCACCCUGCACAGGGGCUGCGAGCACCAGCAACUUUGAUUUAUAGAAGGAAAAUGGAAACCCCCAUCUGAGUAUUUUGGGAGGAGCCCCCAGCCCUCAUCCAGCUCUGGCACGCUGAUACCUCCAGGUACUCCUCUCACUGUCAAAGCUGGGGCUCAGCCUCUUGUCAUCUGGAGCUUUGUGGGCAAAGCUGAGAAGCUGCAACCCAGAUUUCAACCCAAAAAGGUCAAGCUGAAUGCCUCAGACUGAUGUGGAAGGCAGCUGGCCUUCCUGGGUUGGAACAAGGCAGUGGCCCUGAGCCCCUUCUCCAGGGCCAGGUAGAAAGGACAAACUUACUUACUUGGUCUCUGCCUCGGGGAAGCAGGAGGAGGGCUAGAAGCCAGUCCCUCCCCACCUGCCCAGAGCUCCAGGCCAGCACAGAAAUUCCUGAGGCCAGCAUCACCAAAGUUAGAUUGAAUGUUUAUUAUCUUUUUCCUUUUUACCUUAUUGAUUUGAUGAAUCUUGAAAUGGAUUCAUUUCCAUAAACCAAGUUAAAGUAUGGCCCGACCAUUUAAGAAAACAACCAUCUGAGACACGCAGGAAAUUGUGAGCAUUUCGACCCGAGCUCUCAUUUCCUAUUUGUGAAGGGUCAGACACAGUCUACCAAGGGGUGUCUGAGGGGGACAAGGGGGUCUCUGGAGAUGUCACCCAGGGAGCCCCCUCUAUGUCUGAGAGGCCGCCACUGCUGCACAUGCUCAGUGAGGCUUGGCGGCCGUCCUGGCACAUGGCUCUUCCUGGGUCAGCCAUGACCUGUCUGGCUCAGGAAUGGGCUCUGGCUGCUGGGGGAGCCGUGUCACUCCUGGGCCAUGGGGGCACCUCCCGGGCACUUAGGUGUUUCAGCAUAGAUUCCAGUUUCACUCCCUGGGCAGACCCCCAGGCCCCAUCCGGGAUAGGGCAGAGGAGGUGCUGGCGGCCCCAGGGAAGGAGGGUGUGUACCCCAAGGCCCCCUGGCUGUGCUGAGGGGCUGGGGUGAGCGCUCCAUGUUCACAUGAGCACUGCUGCCUCUUCACUUGUGGGACUUUGCAAACCCAAGGAUGAACUUUGUGUGCAUUCAAUAAAAUCAUCUUGGGGAA